CUAACUUCAUUUCCUCUUUCAAUUUCACCACUCUUAUCUGUCCCUCUCUCUCUCUCUCUCUCUCUCCUGCUCGUUCUCCACUCCUCGAUGGCCACUGUCCUCAAAACACCGCCACUGAGGGCACAAGUCCCGCCCCGACUAAUUACCACCGCCACCAACAAUCUUUCCUUACAAUCGCCGAAUCCGUUUUGUCUCUCAUUUAGACGUAGAAGCAUUAGCACCGAAGUUUCGCGCACAAGUUGUCUCCGGUUCCCCGUCAAAUCGUCCCACCGGUUCAUAAAGUUCGUUCCUUUUGCUACUCAAGGAGAAACUGAAACUACUGAGACCGAAGAGACAAUUCAGGAACCAGAGAUUCAGGAUUCUUCGGAUGGUGCUGUUGGAGUAGAAGGUAGUGCUGAUGAGUUGGAAGAUAGUUCCAGCAGUGAAGAGGCUGAUGACACUAAGGAAGCACCUUCUGUCAUCCUAGCUUCACUCCAGUCAUACAAAGAAGCUUUAGCGAGUAAUGAUGAGUCCAAAAUUGUUGAGAUAGAAGCUUUUUUAAAAUCUGUUGAAGAUGAAAAAAUUAACCUUGAACAGAAGGUGGUUAGUUUGAGUCAAGAUCUGUCAACAGAAAAAGAUCGGAUUCUCAGGAUUAGUGCCGACUUCGACAAUUUCCGUAAAAGGACGGAGAGGGAAAGGCUUUCACUGUUGACAAAUGCCCAAGGGGAAGUUGUAGAGAGUUUGUUACCUGUUUUAGAUAAUUUUGAGAGAGCUAAAUCCCAGAUAAAAUUGGAGACUGAAGGAGAAGAGAAAAUCAACAAUAGCUAUCAGAGCAUUUAUAAGCAAUUUGUUGAAAUUCUGGGUUCGCUUGGUGUCGUCCCCGUGGAGACAAUAGGCAAACCCUUUGAUCCAUUGUUGCAAGAAGCGAUUAUGCGAGAGGAUUCAACAGAAUUCGAAGAAGGUAUUAUACUUGAUGAAUUUCGCAAGGGAUUCAAACUUGGUGACCGGCUUCUGCGACCAGCAAUGGUGAAAGUAUCAGCUGGUCCAGGUCCUGCAAAGGCUGAAGAAGCAGGGUCACCAGGAGAAGCUGAGACUGCAAGUGAAACAAAUGAGGAGAGCGCCGCAGAACCAGAACCAGAAUCACAACCAGAAUCUACUUAGAAGACAUGAUACUCAAUCUCAACUCAAGUUUUGUAAAAGCAUAUUGUGAUAUGGGUAAGCAUACUUGGAUAUUUUUCUGUGGAUGCAAUUGAUGCAAGUGAUAUAUUGGCUUUUUUUUGUUUCCUUAUAAAUUAGUCAAAAAGAGGUAUCAUUUCCUUAUGGACAAGCAUUUCUGCUAGUGUUACAAAAUUAUUAAAGCAUGGCUUACUUUAUUUUCAUUGGUAGAAUUUUGGUAGUUAAUUUUUGGUAGGCCAGUUUACUUUAACAGGACGUGUACGAAGGUGAAUAAUGGGUCUCAAAGUGCCUCAGACUGGUUUAUCAUUAAUUUUUUGUAACCUUUUUUUAUUUGCUCUUCUAUUCUGAUGGGUACACCAUGUUUCACAGACAA